ACAAGAAUUAUUCGAAAAAAGAAACAACAACAACUACAACUACAACUACUAGAACUACAAGCAAGAGCGUGCAAGGCGCGAGAGUCGAAAGCACACAUAAAAGCAAAAGCACUCGAUAAAAAGUUAUUAGCAAAAACAUAAAUACGUUACUUGCUCUCUAUUCCGCGCGCGCUCUCUGACGCUCUCGCUCUCGCUCGCUCGCAAAAAGGGCGCCCAACGCCAACGCCAACGCUCGCGUCCCGUGUGUGCUCUGUGUGGGUGUGCGAGCCGAGAGUGGAAGAGAGACAGAACGAGACGGACAGUAGGUAGGUCAGUGGCAGUGGGCGGCCUAGCAGCGGCAGCAGCGCCAGCGCCAGCUGUGGCAGCUACGCCAACGCCAACGCCAACGCCAAACGCCAACAUCAACUUGAACUUGCAAAGGGCAGCAUGUCCUGCACCGUUUCCGAGCUGCCCAGUGGCUGUCGCUUGCGCGGCAUGACUGCAUCCUCACAGAGCGCAGCAGCAGCAGCAGCGGCGGCGGCAGCGGCCAAUAACGGUAAUGGCAACGGUAACGGUAACGGUAACGGGGAUAGCGUCGGUGCCGGACCUGGCAGCGGCUUGAGCUCAACGGGGGGCAUCGGGGGCGUUAGCGGCACAACGGGCACAAGCGCAACGCUGCAGGGCAGCGUUAGCGCCACAUCGAACGUGCUGCAGGAGUCAAAUGCGACGCUGCAGCGGCCGCAGUCGCAGAAGCCGUGCUGCUUUUGUUGGUGCUGUUGUUGUUCCUGCUCCUGGGCUAAGUGUCUUGCCAUCAAGAAUGCCGAUGAAAAUGCGCCCACCAAACGUGAUCUCGUUAGCGCCGAUUUCCUAGAUGGCGAUCAACCCACAUUAGAAGAAAUACGUAGUUGGGGCAAAAGCUUUGAUAAACUAAUGAAGAACUCAAAUGGGCGCAAGGUAUUCAGGGAUUUUCUGCGCAGCGAAUUCAGCGAGGAGAACAUAUUAUUUUGGCUGGCCUGCGAGGAUCUGAAGAAGGAGAACAGCGCCGAGGUGGUCGAGGAGAAGGCCCGCCUUAUAUACGAGGACUAUAUAUCGAUACUAUCGCCGCGCGAGGUCUCACUCGAUUCGCGAGUACGCGAAAUUGUCAAUCGCAAUAUGAUCGAGCCGACGACCCACACCUUUGACGAGGCUCAAAUACAAAUCUAUACGCUGAUGCACAGAGACUCAUAUCCCAGAUUCCUAAACUCGCAAAAGUUCAAGACACUCGCUCAAAUGCAAGACAAUUCGAAUGCCGGCUCCAAGGCGGAUAGUCCCACUUAGAUGUUAUGUUAUCACAAUUGACGUUCUGUUGAUUUUGUUGUUGUCUUAACAUUAGACUAUAUAAUUUUUUUUAUUUAUUUGAUUUUUAUUUGCCGGUUAACCCCGCAGCUUGUCCACAAACUGUUGCGCACAGCUGUCCCAAACAAAAAAAAAGCAAUAUGUCAUAAAAACUAAAUUGAAUCAAUUCCAAAGAGAAUUUAUAUAUAAAGAGAGCGGGACGGCUGGCAAAAGGGCAACAACAGUUCAGGAUACGCUCGCGGAGCUAACCACAUAUACAUAUAUAUAUAUAUAUAUAUAUAUAUAUGUAUAUAUAUCUAUAUGGAUAUACUUAGAUGAUAUAUGAUGAUGCAUUAUGUGAAACCGAUUCCUUCUUUACAAUGUUCUAGUCGUUAACAAACCAAAAACAAAAUACCAAAACUAGGCAAUUUAUAUACAAAAUUAGUUGUUAACAAAAAAAAAAAAGAAAAGAGGAGAAGAAGCGCCGUUAGAUAUACUACAGCCGGCAUUUCUAGGGAGAUUACCAUAUUCGAACUUUAAGCAACUAUAAGUUAAUAUUGUAAAAUGUAUAAAAGUCGACAAGCUACAACAACAGAUUGGCAAAUGCGAAACAAUUAGCAUACUAUAUAUAUAUAUAUGCUAAGAACUAUUAAUCAAAUUGAAAACCAACUUUAACGCAAAUACUUUUUCCAAAAACAAACAAAUAACGCAACAUUUUUAAACGUA